AACUGACACUUCUCCUGUCGACCAAGGUAGCAGCACUGGCACGUCCUCCUGAAAAGGGCUUUCCUCAGCGAAAUGGCCACAUUCCCGCCAAUUCGCUCUCAUCUACUACAGUAAGUCUAGGAACCGCGUAAUAACAGGCACGCCGGGGAAGACGCAGGCAACGUUGAUGCAAGGGCGCUUCUUCGCGAUUUCUUUUUUCUGCUUCUCAGGUCUAGAAGUGACGAGUUCGCUUGAGAGAAACGGAGCAGCCGCUAGCCUCGCGCUUUCGCUACGAUCUCCCUCGUCCAUGCCUCGAAUCGUUGGCAGUGCCGUUUCCGGCAGCAGCUAACGCGCUCCCGCUAUAAUCACCUCGUCCAUGAUUCAAGUCCCGUUAUCACCUCGUCCGUUAUCCGCCUCCUCGUGCCGUCGACGUUAUCCACAGCCUUGGUAGCAUCUCCCUCUCAAAUCCACCAGCCUGACUUAACGUAACCUUCCUGCCAUCGCCCUCAUCCACACCCUCAGUAGCGUUGUGAGCGGCCCGUGACGCGCGCGCGGGUGCCUCCCUUUCUCAAACCCGCCAGCCUGACGUGUAAGCCUCGUCCAUCGCCGGUACUCACGACAGCAUGAUGUCACUCCCGCCAGCUCGCUCCAGCGUCGGCGGCGGCGGGGGAAAGGUGGUACUGGUGGGGGUGCGACUGCACCAGCCGAACGCGAAUCUGCUGUGGAGCGGCAGCGGCGGCGGCGGCAGCAGCAACCGAGGCGGCAGCGCGGCAGUCUCGAAGGAGGGCCAGGCGCUCGUCGAAUUCGCGCUCUCGAGACUAGUGGUCCCGGGGGAUCGAAUUAUCGCCAUGGCUGUCAGAAUUGUCCGCGCCCCGCACUCCUCAGGGUCUCGUAAGGCCCGGUUCAACUCGGAGCAGGAUGCGGAGGAGGAGGAGGAGAUGAGCCAGAAGAUGCUGGCCGCGCUGCACCCCAAGAUCGAAGUGGCGGGAGCUAAGCAGAUCCUGCUGCAAGUGGUGGUGCGAUCUUCUCCCCGGGUGCGGGACGCGCUGCUGCACGAGGCGAAGGUGGUGCAGGCAGGCAUGGUGGUCAUAGGGCCGGUGCGGCGGACUAUCACCCUCAUAGGUGGCAGUGGCGGUGCUGACGUGGACAUGAUGACGUUCCUCGCCGACCGGCUGCCAACCAUCUGCAAGAUCAUGCUCGUCGCAAAUAACGCCUGCACCGCUACGAGACAAGGCAAACUCCCAGUGCCCCCCACAUCGCCCCCUUCCCCCCGAAUAGAACCAGGGGGAGGGGGAGGGGGAACGGGGCAGGGGCCAGGGGGAUAUGGAGGGGGGUUCGAAGGGGGAGGAGCAAUGGGGGGAGCAAUGAUCGGGGGAGCACGAGCUUCAGCCUCAGCAGCAGCAGGAGGAGCAAAAGGAGGAGCAGGAGGAGGAGCAGCAGCAGCAGCAGGGGGGAGGGGGGGAUCUUGGGGCGUUGGGGCAGGUGGGGGGGGAGGGGAAAGUGGGGGCUGGCAGCAAUGCCCCAGAUCCCCCCGGUCACAAGUCAAUGGCCAGGAUUUCUUCUCCGCUCCCCCAGUCCUCCCCCCUGCCCCACCCACCGAAAUCAUCCGAGAAGUUUACGGGCAGGAUGAGUACGGGCAGCAGGAAUUUUUCCUGGACGAGCUCCUAUUGGCCACGGAUAAUUUUUCCCCGCAGAGACUGAUCGGGGAGGGCGGCAGCGGGCAGGUGUUUGUGGGGGUGCUCCCACCUGGCAGGUGCCCUCAGGUGGAAAACCAGGGGGAAAGAGGAGGCGGAGGCGGAGGGGGGGCGAGUGGGGGGUGUCGGAAGGUGGCUGUGAAGCGGUUGAGGUGGUGGGGGCCGGCAGUGGCGGACGCCCAGGGGGCGAUGAACGCGCGGCAGUUUCUGGCUGAGCUGCGCGUGCUGAGGAGAAUACAGCAUGUGAACCUGCUGGGGCUGCUGGGGGUGUGCGCCACCGCGGGGGAGUUGCUCAUGGUCUUUGACUUCUUGCCCAACGGAUCCCUGGAAACCAGGCUGAGAGACCAAACCAAGCCCCCACUCCCUUGGGAUCUCCGCAUGCGAAUCGCCUAUGAGGCGGCCACGGGGUUGGCCUUCCUGCACUCAUGCCGCCCGCCCAUCAUCCAUCGGGAUGUGAAGGCGGCAAACGUACUGCUGGACGCUGACAUGCAUGCCCUGGUGUCAGACUUUGGCCUUGCGAAGGUGGGUUCGGACCAGUACACGCAGCCGAUGGCGGUUACCAGCAUCAUGGGCACCAGAGGCUAUGUGGCACCAGAGUAUGUCCAAACGGGUCUCAUAACAGCAGCCAUAGAUGUGUACGCGUUUGGAGUCAUCCUUCUGGAGCUUAUAACGGGUCACGUGCCCUUCCACCCAGGGAGACAACCCCCCAACUUGUCUGCUUGGGCCGUCCCCAUCGCCAAGAAUGAGGAGUUCACUCGCCUGGUGGACUAUCGCUUGGAGGGGCGGUUCGAUCCCGGCCAGCUGCAGGCAGGGGCAAUGCUGGCAGUCCUGUGCUUGGCGACGAACCCAAAAGACAGACCCUCGAUGCAACAGGUUGCUACCUGGCUUAGGGAUUGGAUAAAGUGCCGCAGCACAGAGCAACUUCCGUAGUAGUAAGCCUGGUCAGGAAGGUUUAGUGUUACUUGUAUGUGUUGUGUAGUGUAUAAGAGGGUUCAUUCAUAGUUUGUACUCUACGUCGCAAGUGUUCUCGAAAGUGCAAGGUUGGUGCAUGAUAUAUCUUCCGUGUCGUCAGACGUUGCGUGAUCGACGCCGCCACUUCCGGUGUGGGACGCCUCCGCCAACCUACAAUAAUUGUCCAGCCUGCAAUAAUGGCGCUUCGAGAGCCUUUCUGGUUUGGGCAAUUGUAAAGCAUUUGCAAAACUGACGAAGCUCGUCAACCACUUCGCAACUGGCCAUCUGUCGCCAACUCCAAGGGCUGCGACACCUCGAGGAUUCGCGGGUGUCGUUCGUUCCCAUCACCUUGCCAGCUCCAGUCCCUAGGCCCCGCCUGGUCCUCGUUCAAGAAG